AUGGAUCAGUCGCCGGGCUCCUGGGCCGCACAAGCUCCCGCCCCCGAAAAGUCGAGCGAGCUCUAUAUCCGCGACUUCCCCGUCCGCUCCAUCGCCAUCGUCUCCGCCUCCCACGCCCUGAUCCUGCGAUACAGCUCCACGGCCAGCGACGGAGCUGAUAAUGGCUCGCACUCGUCCCUACCAUCCGCCAAGUCUCGGACGCCCGCGGGCGACGCAUCUGUAUCGAAAUGCAUGGUGGAGUUCUCGCCCGUUUCGAGCCGGCUGCUCAAGGACUACAGGCCUUUGGCGCCACGCCCCGUUUUUGGCACCCUUGGCCUCAUCGCCGUCAACGGCGAGGUCUUUCUCUCCGUCAUUACACAUGCCGUACGCACUGCGACGGUCCGCCCGGGCGAGACGGUUGAGCGAAUCGCCAGCGUCGCCUUUUACUGCCUGAGCAGUGCAGACUACGACGAUGUCGUGCCGCUCGAGUCCACCGAGCCCGACCUGGCCGACGCCGUGUCCAAUUACAGCGCCAAUUCGCCCUACGGCCAGGGCCUGAGUCGCCGAGAUGUGCCCAUGGAACACCCUUGCCACGAUCUGCGGAAGCUUCUCAGCAAUGGCUCGUUUUAUUACAGUACCGACUUUGACCUCACAAACCGGCUGCAGGACAGACCCAUAAACACCAAUUCAUUUGACAUAGAUAACUUUGACGACAAUUUCCUGUGGAAUUCAUUCAUGAUCAGUCCCCUGGUACAGUUCCGCUCACGACUUAUGCCUCAGGAGCGCGAGGCUUUGGACUCGUCUCGCAUCCUCACCUCUGCCAUAAGGGGCUUUUGUAAGACAAUGACCCUCCCGCAGAGCGCUGCUCCGCUCAAGUCCAAGAGCGGCAUGCCAUCCUUCCUCACUCUGAUUUCAAGGCUGUCUUGUAUGCGGGCUGGAACUCGCUUCAACGCGCGCGGAAUCGACGAUGACGGGCACGUUGCCAAUUUUGUCGAGACGGAGACAACGUUUUAUAGCCCCAGCGGCACCUUGUUCUCAUAUGCCCAGGUGCGAGGAUCUGUUCCGGUAUUUUGGGAGCAGGCUGCAGACCUGCUUCCGGGCCGCCAAAAGGUCACCGUCACGAGAUCAUCAGAGGGCACACAGCCGGCCUUCAACAAGCACUUUGAGGACCUGGAGCACACGUAUGGCGCGGUCCAUAUCAUCAAUCUCCUAAGCGAGUCGAAGCCGGCAGAAGUGGAGCUCAGCAGCAUGUAUCAUAAGGGAAUCCAGCACUGCCCCCUGAGCCAGCCCGGUGCAGACGGCUCCUCGGACCAUGCGCUUUUGCGCGAGACGCACUACGACUUCCACGCCGAGACAAAGGGCCCGGCAGGAUACGAGGCUGCGCGCGAGAUCCGCCGGUAUAUCGAAGACUCUACUGAUGGCUUCGCGUACUUUUUGGCCCAGGAGGCUGGUGACGGCCCGGACGGUGGCGACGGCCGCAUGGUCGUCGUCUUGCAGCAGGAGGGCGUCUUUCGGACAAACUGCCUCGACUGCCUCGAUCGGACGAAUCUGAUCCAGACGCUGAUAUCGCAGAUGGCGGUUGAGGCGUUUCUGGGCCAUCGCGGCGAGUGGGCCGCUUCCGACUUUUGGAUGCGGCACGCGAGCCUUUGGGCAGACAAUGGCGAUUCGCUUUCCAAGAUCUACGCCGGCACAGGGGCUCUCAAGUCAUCCUUUACUAGACACGGCAAGAUGUCGCUGGCUGGCGCCAUGGCAGAUGUGCGCAAGUCUGUCCAGCGCAUCUACCACAACAAUUUUGUCGACCCUUCGAGGCAGAUCACGAUUGACAUGCUACUCGGCCGCCUCAUCGGACAGUCGCAGGUGCACCUCUUCGACCCCAUCAGCGACUUCGUUUCGAUGGAGCUCGGUAAGCGCAGCGACGAGUUCACGUCGUUCGAAUCCAUCAGCAUUUGGGCGGGCACGUUCAACCUCAACGGCCGCACCGAGGGCAUCGAUCACGACCUGUCCCCGUGGCUGUUCCCGCCCUCUCUGGGCUCGGAGCAACCCGACAUCUACGUGGUUGCCUUCCAAGAAAUUGUCGAGCUUAGCCCGCAGCAGAUUAUGAACAGCGACCCGUCCCGGAAAUCGCUCUGGGAAAAAGCCGUCAAGAGGGCCCUGAACCAGCGGCAAGCGAGCCUCGGAGGCGAAAAGUACGUCAUCCUGCGCAGCGGGCAGCUCGUUGGCGCGGCCCUGUGCCUGUUCGUGAAGACGUCCAUCCUAUCAAACAUCAAGAACGUGGAAGGAAGCGUCAAGAAGACGGGGCUGUCCGGCAUGGCGGGGAACAAGGGCGCGGUCGCGAUCCGGUUCGACUACGCCAAUACGCACCUCUGCUUUGUGACGGCUCACCUGGCGGCUGGGUUCGCGAACUACGACGAGCGCAACAGAGACUACACGACCAUUCAUCAGGGCUUGCGGUUCCAGCGUAACAGAGGCAUAGAAGAUCACGACGCAAUCAUAUGGCUUGGGGACUUCAAUUACCGCAUCGGCCUGCACCUUGAGACAGCGCGGGCACUCGUAAAGAAGCGCGACCUCGCAACCCUGUAUGAGAAUGACCAGCUGAACCUUCAAAUGGUGGCAGGCCUGGCGUUUCCCUUUUACUCGGAGGCACGCAUUGGGUUCAUGCCCACUUACAAGUUCGACCUUGGGACGGACACCUACGACAGCUCUGAGAAGGCGCGGAUACCGGCCUGGACGGACCGUAUCUUGCGAAAAGGAGCAAUCUUGCGUCAACUCUCGUACGAUUCGGCACCACUUCGGUUCUCGGACCACCGGCCGGUGUACGCGACAUUUGAAUGCAGGGUCAGCAUUGUCAACGAAGAGCGGCGCGAGUCCAUUAGCCAAGAGCUGUACACGCGUCGCAAGGCCGACGUGGGAGACCCCACGGCGCAUGCCGAGGUGGGAGAGGAGUCAGAGGAUGAAGACCUGAUCGGAUACGACUCCAUUGAGCCAGGACUGCCACCGGCGAGUUCGGAUCGCCAGAAGUGGUGGCUGGACAACAAGCAGCCGGCGCGUGCGCAGGUGUCGGUGCCAAACGGGCGGGAUGGGCAGCCGAUGGCCCUCAAUCCGAAUCGGCCGUCAAACCCGUUUGGGCACAGCGACGAGCCGGACUGGGUCAGCAUCCCACGAGGCUCGCCCGGGGCGUCUCUGUCAAGCAUAUCCAGCUCACCGUACGAAAAGGUGCCGCUCCCGAGGCCGAUGCAGAUGCAGCCCCCCAGCGCUAUAGCGAGGAAGCUGCCGCCGCCGUACGAUGCCGGGAAGCUGCCAGCCAAGGUAGGGCGCAUGAAGUUGGACGACGAGCAGAGCAUCAGAAGCCAACAAUCCGACGCAUCGACGACGUCGAACGCCGGGCUACCGCCUCCGCCUCCGCCCAGGCGACAAGUGACAGCGGCAGGGUCGAAUGGGUCGCGGCGGGACACGGGCACGUUGGCGAGGACGCAAACGUUGCCACCCCUGCCAACGACACAGCGACCGGCGUCAGUGGCAUCGUCGCAUACCUCGCAACUGUCGCAGCAGCUCAAGGCCAGCAGCGCGAGUGGCAAGUCCCCGCCACCAGUGGCUAAAAAGCCGGCGCAUCUGGCGACGAGUUCGCAAGGCAGCAAGCCGCCGCCAAUGGGAGAGGAGGGAGGCUUCCGGCCCGGAGUCCUCACGCGAGCAUCGACCACGUCGUCAACCCAGACAGGGAAUGUCCAGCAGCAGGCUGCCGGGCCGCAGGGCGGCCUCGAUCGGAAGCCCGUGCCAGGACCUGGGCCAAGGACUACCAACGGCAAGGCGGCGAGUCAAGCCCAUGCGAAUGGGCGCGGGCCGGCGGGCUUCACUGGGUUCAAUGGGUCCGAGGGGCUGAACGGACAAGGGCCGCCACUCCCGGCCCGGCACGGUCAAGGCGUCGACGAUGGACCGGUGGACUUGCUCGACUCGGUCAACGAGGGCGGUGAGGACGCCAUGGGCGGAUGGGAGACGCUGCAACCCAGCCGCGCGAGAUAG